AUGGCAGUUAUCUCUGGUUACUGCAGAGAGCAGGAUGAGGCCAUCGCGGUGGAGUCGCACGUCAACUGUAAAACGGGGCACCUGGUCAGCGAGAACGCGAAUCGAGCGUUUCUAGUGGACCGGGGCUACCCAGGGGCUCUGCAGAUGGACAUUGUCAUCUCGGGAAGCCGGUCCAGCCGGCCAGUUCAACACCUGGAUAACUACAUGUAUUCGUGA